AAGACAAAACAAAGAGGCAGCGGGAUAGUCCUAGCUACAACAUAAGAUGGUGAGUAGAUGGGAACGUGUUACAAAAUAGUUCACCAAACUCUGUCUUACCUUCAUUUUCUAUAUGUAUAUAUAAGAGAGAUUUGCGUAUGAAAGAAAAAACUUGAAUGAAAAGGAAACCCCAAAAUGAAGUACGACAAACCCACAGUUUGUGUUCUUGAUGCUUCAACCUACGUUGGCUUUUGGAUUCUCAAAGGAUUACUUGCUCGAGGCUUCAGAGUUCACGCAGCUACCCAGAAGAAUGGGGAAACAGAGAUUCAGAAGAGAAUUAGGGAAAUGGAGAAGGAAGAAGAGAGAUUAGUAGUUUUCUCUGUUGAUGUUUUGGAUUAUCAUAGCAUUGUUUUGGCUUUGAAAGGUUGCUCUGCUGUGUUCUGUUGUCUAGACAGUCCAGAAGCAUACGAUGAAAAAAUGGUGAAUUUGGAGGUGAGAGGAGCAAUCAAUGUUGUUGAAGCAUGUGCUCAGACAGACAGCGUGGAGAAGAUUUUGUUCUCUUCUUCGUUGGCUGCAGCAAUAUGGAAGGAGGACAUUUCUUCUGAGAAGGAUGUGGAUGAAAAGUCAUGGAGUGAUCCAGAAUUCUGCAGGAAAUUGAAGUUGUGGUAUGCCUUGGCAAAGACACAAUCGGAACAGGCUGCUUGGGCUCUAUCAAUGGACCGGACUCUUAAGAUGGUCUCUAUAAAUUCUGGACUAGUCCUUGGGCCUAGUGUCACACAACAAAAUCCGCGAACAACCAUGUCAUAUCUUAACGGAGCUGCUCAAAUGUAUGAAAAUGGUGUACUAGCGUUUGUCGACGUGGAUUUUCUUGUAAAUGUUCAUAUUCGAGCUCUAGAGGACCAGUCUGCUUGCGGGAGAUAUUUCUGCUUCAGUCACAUGGUGAAUACUGAGGACGAAGCUGUUAAGCUUGCACAGAGCUUGAGUCCUUUAAUAUCUUUACCACCAAGGUAUCAUUACGAAGGGAGUGAGGCACAUAUCGAGCGAUUGAGGACUAAGAAGUUGAGCAAGCUGGUUGAGGGAGCUGCCUAUUAGAAUAUGAGGAGAUGUUAAUUACUCUUUUAUCAAUUGUAGUUUUUAGAUCUCUCAUCGUUUUCUUUUUUAAUUGAAAUUUUAUAUUAGUGAAGUA